GCCUGCCUGCGGGCGUCGGGGAUAGAGCCGCGGCGGGUUAGCCAGUGUGCCGGGCCCGCUCUACCUGUCACCGGAGCCCUGCCAGGCCGGCGGGCGCGGGGUAGGGAUGCUGCGGUACUACGGCGACAGCGGCCGUGAUGAAUUCCACCCUUUCAUCGAAGCUCUCCUCCCUCAUGUGCGUGCCUUCUCCUACACAUGGUUCAACCUGCAAGCUCGGAAGCGAAAGUACUUCAAGAAGCACGAGAAGCGGAUGUCCAAGGACGAGGAGCGCGCCGUGAAGGACGAGCUGUUGGGGGAAAAACCGGAGAUCAAGCAGAAAUGGGCAUCGCGGUUACUGGCCAAACUCCGCAAAGACAUCCGUCCCGAGUUCCGGGAGGAUUUUGUCCUGACCAUCACCGGUAAGAAAGCCCCCUGCUGCGUCCUCUCCAACCCGGACCAGAAGGGCAAAAUCCGCAGGAUUGACUGCCUGAGGCAGGCCGACAAGGUUUGGAGACUGGAUCUUGUAAUGGUCAUCUUAUUCAAAGGGAUCCCGCUCGAAAGUACUGACGGGGAGCGGUUGUACAAAUCGCCACAGUGCUCCAACCCCGGCCUCUGCGUCCAGCCGCACCACAUUGGAGUCACAAUUAAAGAACUGGAUCUCUACUUGGCGUAUUUUGUUCACACUCCUGGUAAGUCCAAUGGCCCCCCACCCCCUUAA